ACCCGCUUCUCAUAAAUUUAUUAAAAUAUUCCCAUUUUCCCUAUAAAUGACGACCUGGAUAGAUUAUCUUCGUCAUCCCAGCGAGCUUAAGGAGGUAUGCCAGUAUAAGUUGUUCUAUACACCUCUUUAUCAGAGACGACCUGAUGAAGAAACAUUAAAUUGUCGCGAAUGUUAUGAAUUACUUAUACAAACAAGCCGUAGUUUUGGGCGUGUAAUUCAGGAAUUAAGGCCAGAACUGCGUAAAUCUGUGAUGGUCUUUUAUUUGGUAUUAAGAGGACUGGAUACUAUUGAAGAUGAUAUGAAACUUGAUUCAAAGAAGAAGAAUGAACUUUUGCGGAUGUUCUAUACGCAUAUUGAUGAAAAAGGAUGGAAAUUUUCGGAAUCAUCAUUAAGUGCAAAAGAUGGGGUGCUUUUAAGGUCUUUUGAUAAGGUUAUUGAAGAGUUUCUUCUUCUUAGCAAAGAAAAUCAAGAUAUAAUUCGAUCGAUAACGUAUGAAAUGGGAAAUGGGAUGGCCGAUUUUAUUAAGAAUGCGCAUUUUAAGACGCAAGGGAUUCAAAGUAUUCGGGAUUAUAAUUUGUAUUGUUAUUAUGUAGCAGGACUUGUUGGAGAAGGGUUAAAUCGACUUUUUGUGAUAAACAAGAUUGAGCAUGAUUUAGAGGGUCUUACAGAGCUUUCACAUACAAUGGGGUUAUUUCUUCAAAAAACGAAUAUUAUUCGUGAUUACAGAGAAGAUUUACAUCAACAACGUAUGUUUUGGCCAAAGGAAGUUUGGUCUAAGUACGUCGAUAAUUUUAUAGAUUUUUUGGCGCCAGAAAAUCAAGAAAAGGGACUCCAUUGCUUGUCUGAAAUGAUUUUGGAUGCCUUGACACAUGUACCUGAUUGCCUGUAUUAUCUUUGCAGUCUUCAUGAUCAAUCUGUCUUUAAUUUCUGCGCAAUUCCUCAAAGUAUGGCAAUCGCUACACUUGCAUUGGUAUUUCGUAAUCCGAAUAUUUUUCGUAAAAAUCUUAAGAUUCGCAAAGGAGAAGCUUGUUCAUUAAUUAUGCGUACUACCAAUCGGAGAAAUUUAUGUGCUCUUUUUCUCAAAUAUAUACGUAUAAUUCAUCAAAAGAAUACUCCAAGCGAUCCUAAUUUUUUUAAAAUAAGUGUCGCUUGUGGCAAAAUUGAGCAAUGGGUUGAAAGUGUUUUUCCUUCUGAUAAAUCAUCUGUAUCUAUCUGUUCUCAGAAACCCUUGCGUGAAGGUUCUACCGAUUCCAUAAUGGAUAAGGAUGCUUUAUACAUUCUUAUUAUUUCUUCCAUAUUUUUAACUAUCAUUGCAUCAUUAAUGAUUUAUUUAGCACAUUUAUUUGGUGCUAAAUGGAAUUUUUCUCAAGUUUAUAAAAUUUUCGACUUUUUAAAAAGCAUUUUUUCUGAUACUUUAUCUGUUGUUAAAAGAGAUGAGAUGUGAACUACUUUUUUUUUUACUUAUGUUAUUACUAAAUUAGAUAUUAC